AUGCCGCCGAUUAAACAGAAACGCCGGAAACCGGCGAGAGGAAGUCGAGCAACCCGUAAACCGACACCCGAAGAACGGCUUUACGAGGUCCGGGAUAUCCUGGACGAGAAGUCCGCGAAGGGUGUAUUAUUGUACAAAGUAGACUGGGCCGAUAACCCUACCACCGGGGAGCGGUACGAGCCGACUUGGGAGCCCGCCGAGAACGUAACUGAAGCUGCAGUCGCCGAUUGGGAGAGGGAGAAGCGCCGGCGCGAAGACAUUGCACGAAGACGCGACUCUCACCCCGCCGUGGAAUGCGACAGUCGGCCGCCGGUCCUGCCCCAGAACUUGAAGCGCAGCCGGCAGCCCUCGAUUGCCGACGAGGAUAGGCCGGCGAAACGAUCUCGAGAGUCGGCCGAUUCUGGGUACACAUCCACCGACGGAGACCCUCAAUCAAACCAGUCCAGUGCCCAGUCCAGCUGGGCGCGUGUACCGCCAGUCCCGGACAACAAAGGGGAGCUUGUUGUUGAGAUAUCACGCCCGCCCAAUUUUGGUCCGUCUGAGUAUCGUGUCAUCAAUUCCUCUCAAUCCGCACCGCCCUCCCAAGCUGUGGACAACGCGGCCCCAUUGGGAGGUAGCAACGAACCAGAAAGCCAACUCAGCCGGAGAACCAUCCAGGAUUCCCAGGAGUGCUUUGACUCCCUUCAUACCCAGUCUACCGGCCAAUCGGCCACCCACCCUAGCGAGCCGACUUCACAAACUCAGAUAAGCCGUUCCGACCUCGACAUACCGUCGCGCCAACCGGAAACCUCUCAUCACGAUCCCAGCCACCCAGGCUUGCUCGAGACGACCGAAGGAGCGGCAUCUGACAACGUUCCGCACUCCAGUUCACGAUCUGAUCCGCAGCUUGGACACGAUUUAGUCUCGGACGAUAGUCCUUGGGGCGAAGGCUUUCUGACACAGCCCGACUACGAGCCCCCAAUCUUCGGCUCCGAGGCCGAGUCCUCUCGAUCUCCUGAAGAUCUUUCCGGUAGUCAGAGCUCUGGCCAGCCUCGGGAUCACAGGUCCGCCUCUCGGAGUUUUUCUGCUCGCGAAAUCAACUCCCUCCCGAGCGUUUCCAACUCCCAUUCACAACAGGCCGCCCAGCUAGUCUCCUUCAAUAGCAACAACCCGGGCCUCCUUCCGUCAUUCUCUCAACGCGCUAGACUGGACGAUAUAGUUCCGGAAACUGUCCCCAGACUACGCAUCACGAAGUCGCCCUUACAGAUUCCUAGCCAAAGCGCGAGCAGUCCACUGGGAGGAGGAACCCCACUCUCGUCUACCCUAGAUAAGGAGAGGAACGCGCCACAACCUUCUAUACCCCCCAACCGAAUCAUGGAGCGAUCAGAAGAAGUAACCCCGCGCCUUUCAGCUGUCGAACGGAUGCGGCAGUUGGGUGCUCGAGUAUUUGGUCCUCCACCAGGGACACCCUCGGAAAGCGGACCGGGUCAGGUUGUCGGCACGUCGCCAGCAGUUCCGCCCACAGAAUACAGACAUGAACCAGCGCUGAUAUCCCCAUCGGCGGUUCUUCCGCCGAGUGGGAAUUUUGCUGAACAAUUGGAAGCCUCUGCCGCUCCGGUACAUUCGUCCACCCAGCUAGCAGAGCAGCUUCCUGCGGUUCAUCUCGGUCCACAAGUUGGAAGUUUGGGCCAUGAUAGUAGCAUGGAUUUAAGUCUACCUACCGAGACACCAAUCAUGGACGGACCUGCCGAGUUCGAGCAGCAGCCGGCAACAGUGGCACCGGCAGACCUGACAACUUUGGUCGACCCCCCGCUUGUUCCCCACGACGACCUCUCUGUUGACGACCAGGUUCUCGGUGUUGAUAACUCUGCACUGGUGCCUUUGGACCAACCCGACCGGUCUCAGUCCCCGCCUGACAUGGGGGCGGAUGAGCAAGAGGACGACAGUCAUGUGCGGCAUUUUACCGUGACGCUUCCGAUGGCCGCCAAUACUCGGGCAAAGUACCUUGACAGGAUAACAGAGAACAAGGCGACUCUGAUCAAAUUUGGCGAUGUGUUUGCAAAUUCAUACACGAGUGAACCGGAUCCGGCUCUGGUCACGAAAAUUGAUACUAUAUUCGACCGCUUGCUCAACCUCUGCGAUCUGCCCGCGUAUGAGGACGACCUCCCGGAACUGGGCAAAGUGGACAUGAUGAAACAUGCCACCAACUCAAACAGCAAAUUCUUGUUUGUUUACGAGUUUAUCAACGGCUUAUGGGAUAUCAACGCCCGGAUCCUCGUCAUCUCCCAGCCCGGCCGGGCCUUUGAGUAUUUGGAAGCGGUCGUCUCGGCGACAGAUUGCCCAUACACAAUCCUUGGCCAAGAGAGCUCCACUGAGCAGAGCACCGAAGUGACCUCGGUUGUUCUGGCUGUAGCUAGUCAAGAUCUCUCCGCGGUUCAAGGGGGUGUCGAUGUCGUUAUCGCAUUCGACCAUAUGGCCCGAUCGGUAGAGCUCCCAGCGUCUCUGAGCUUUGAAGCCAUGGCACCAAUCGUCCUCUCUUUGGUUGCCACAUACUCGCUGGAUCACAUCGACCAACAGCUCGACCAGACCGAGCAUGACUUAAACAGUAUAGAGAGGCGGAACGCCCUCAAUCUGGCGAUAGCGACCGCAAUGGACUAUCUUCGGAAUCCCGAUCGGCAGAGCACCGAGCCGCAUCAAGCGGCCAAGACGUUUGCCGCCUUCCUAAGAAACCCGGAUGAUGGCCUAGAUUGGGAGGCGCACCCGCUCCCGGGCGACAUCUUCGAGAUGUGGCUCAGUUCACAAGAGCGUACUCAGGAGUCUCAGGCCGAUCUCCUGGUCGAGGCUGGCGGCCGGAAACGUCGCUUGCACGGCAUAGAUGAUGGGAUUCCCAAACGGCCGAGGCUUCUGGAUUCUCAACUUCCGUCUCGCAACUCCACACCAGCGAGGAUGAGCGACCUGCUGAGGCAGACACUCACGAACCACUCAGUCAACGGGCCGACCGGCCAAGUUGUCGAAAUCCCUGUGGAGCAGCUCGAGAAGAUGUCCGCUAAGAUUGCGGAACUGGAAAACCAACUCAUCACACAAGCCGCCAUUGAAGCCAAGACGCGUGAGCUUUGCACAAGUCUGGAGUCGCAACUCAGGUCUUACGAGCGCACCAUUAAGUCGCUGGAGCCAAAAUAUAUGGACGCCCUUCGCGAUCGUCAUACCUUUGAGAAACAGUGCCAAAAGGCCGUCGAGGCAGCGAGCGCCACGGCCGCACGUCUUGAAGCACAAAAUGCCGAGGUAAAGGACCUGCAAGAGAAGAAUAAGCUUCUGGAAUCGAAGCUUGCCGAGGCUCGCGAUACGCUAGCAAACUCAACAGUCCCUGAGAUUGCAAAGGUUGCCCAGGCGGAGAAGGAUCGCGACGAGGCCCUCGCCACGGCUGAAAAACUCGAGAAGAAGGUCCAAAGUGUGCAGAACGAGGCCGAGUACAGCCGAAAGGCGUACCAAGACGCAUCUAAUGCGCACACCAGCCUCAACCAGGAGUACCAGGAGCUGAAGAAGAAGGCCGCGGAAUUCGAGAGCCGCGCCAGUGAAAACUUGCGCAAAAUCCAUCAGAUCCACGCCCAAAACGAGAUGAACGAGGUCAACCGACAAAUCGACGAGCUCCAAGCAACACUCGACAACCGCGAGCGCGAGCUGGAGCGCGCCAAAGAGGAGCUGAAACUCCUCCGCAGCGGGCGCCGUGAGACGCGCCAGGCUAGUGUCCCGCGCAGCCCACGCAUGGGGGUUAUGAGCCCCCGGCCCGCCCGCGGGGUGGGAGCUAGUAGUCGAGGCACCAGCCCCGCACCCAUGAGCUCUGACGGACCAAGUGGGAACGAGGGCAACCCCGGUGCCAGUGGCAGCGGGGAGGAGAGCCGGCCGGCGCCCAGUCCGGCGGGCGGUGACCGCAGGGGGAAACAGAGAAAGCCUAGGACUUGGAACACGCGGGGCCCAGAGCGAGCGGAAUCCCCGAUCUUGGGCGUGCUACCCGAAGGCGAGGAUGAGGAAGAGUAUGAGCCGACGACGCCGACGCCGGCGCCGACAACGACGUGGCAGCUGAGAUCGGCGACAUCUUCUGCGUCCAAAUCCGCUAGGUCGCAGCGGUCGUCUGUGAGGCAGCAAGGAAAUCGCGACUGA